AUGGUUGAAACAUUGAUAGUGAUGAGAAGAGCGUCAUUUGACGUACCUUUCGGAUUUACAAUGCGUCAUAUCAGUUUCCAUCCCUCUAACAAUGAACCAGCAACAAAAUAUGAUUCCAAGUCAUGGUGCACAUUAGCGGUUUUACGAGUUGAACCCAAUGGUGUGGCUGCUAAAGCAGGUCUUCAAGUAGGUCAACGAAUUAUUGAACUAAAUGGGUUAUGCGUGACUCAUUUCACAUAUCAGGAAAUUUGCAAAAUAACACAACGGUAA